CCGGAUAUUUUCCUAUUUUCUUUUCUCCCCCCCCUCUUUACUUUAUUAUUCUUCCUUUUUUUUUCCUUUAUUUCUUGCUCUUGCUCCCAACCGAGCUCAACAACAACCCCAAACACGGGAUUGAAAAACUCUCUUAUGUCCUGUUUUUUCCAAAGUCAUCCUCACUUCUUCUCUCAAUUCUUCUCAAUGCAUCCCAUUUUUGGCAUACUUUGGCAUACUAUACCCUCUCCCGUUCUUUCCUUGUACUUCCCCCCCGAAUUGUAUCUUGGCUGGAACAUCUUUUUCUUUUCUUUCGUUUUUCUUCGUUUUCUCUUCAUAUGGUUUGGAAUUUUGCUUUCUUGUGUUCUUGUGUUCUUGUGUUUUGAUUUCAUUGCUGUACUGUUCUUCUUCUUCGAAUUGUUGUAUCUUUGUAUGUAUGAUAGUGCCGUUUGCUGCGCUGCUGCUUGCUCGUGUUGUGUUAUUGUACUUUUUUUCCUACUCGCUGCUUUACUUUACUCUAGUUUCUGUGCUGUGCUGCUACUUGAUACUUGUUACUUGCUACUUAGAAGAAAUGAUCAUUCGAUAUGGACUGGACUUGAUCGUGGCUGGACUGGGUGUCUACGGUAGUUGGGUGUGAUUGGAUUGAUUUACUACAAAAGCCUACUAUGUAUCUAUGUGAACUACCUAGAAGUAGUAGAUGUAGGAGUUACCACCAAACCCAUCCAAACCACUCGAACCCAACCUACUCCAACCCAAAACCCAGAAUGACGCAAAAAGCGAAAAGCACAGACGUCCCUCCCCUCCCCUCCCCAUCGUACACAGACAGAGACACUAUUCACCAAAAGCGCUG